AAAAACAUCCAAGAUGGCCGCCUCGUAGAAAACGUGUUCUGUUACAGUGAUCUAUAUUAAAAAAAUAAUAACACAAAUUUAGAGCCGGUAUUUAUAAAACCUUUGCGUCAAAGCCAGGCAGCUUAGACAGCUGUCAGAUUAGCUUGGUGACAUUUUCAGCCUAAGCGGAUUAAAUCAGGUUUAAAGAGAAUAUCAUCAGUACAGACAGAAUGGCAGGACUGACUUUAUUUAUACGGAAUUUACCCCCAUCAGCGUCCAGUGAGCAGCUGGAGGAAAUCUUCUCUGAAGUUGGACCGGUGAAGCGCUGUUUUGUGGUCAAAGAUAAAGGCUCCGAUCAAUGCCGUGGUAUAGGCUACGUCACGUACUCCAUGGAAGAAGAUGCCCAGCGUGCUCUCAAAGAGAUAAAGGAUUACGACGGGAAACAAAUAUCAGUGGUUCAGGCAAAGAAAAAACUUUAUGAAAAGAAGAAGGGGAAGAAGAAAACAGAUGAGCAAAAAACAGAGAGUUCAGAAGAACCGUCAGAGGUGAAAAGCCAGCAGAAGUCACAAGGCAUGAGGAAGAAUAAGAUGAAAGCCAGGCUUAUAAUCCGAAAUCUCAGUUUUAAAUGCUCCGAGGCCGACCUUAAGGACGUCUUUUCAAAAUAUGGGACGGUGCUGGAAGUUAAGAUCCCAUUAAAACCAGAUGGUAAGAAACGAGGAUUUGCCUUCGUCCAGUUUAAGAACAUGCUGGAAGCAGGAAAAGCCCUUGCAGCAACCAACCUGAAAGAAAUUAAAGACAGACAGGUCGCUGUAGACUGGGCCGUGUCUAAAGACAAGUUCGUGGCUAAUCAGCUCGGCUCGGCGCCAGUAAGCAAAAAUGUGGACACCUCAGAAGAGAUGGCGGCUGCUGAAGAGGAUGAGGAUGAGGAUGAGGAUGAGGAGCCUACAGAGAAACGGUCUAAAGCACAGCCAGAGGAGAACUCUCUCAGCGAGUCUGAGGUAGAUUCAGCAUCUGACGACGACGAUGAGGAUGAUGAUGACGAUCACAGCAAAGACAGUGAGGAUGAUGACAAUGGGUCUCUGGAAGCAGACAGCGAUGCAUCAGAGGAGGAGGAUGAUGAUGAUGAUGAUGAGGAUGAUGAUGAUGAGGAUGAUGAUGAGAAAAAUGCUAAGAAAAAACAGAGGAAACCUAAGAAUCCUCUCCCUUCUGAUGUGAACGAGGGAAAAACGAUAUUUAUAAGAAACCUGUCGUUCGACUCAGAGCAGGAGGGCGUAGAGGAAGUUCUUCUGCAGUUUGGUGAACUCCGAUAUGUGCGUGUUGUGGUGCAUCCUGAAACAGGACACUCCAAAGGCUGUGCUUUUGCUCAGUUCAAAACUAAAGAGGCAGCAGAGAAAUGUCUAGCAGCAGCACAGACAGAGUCUGAGGCCGGUGGAUUGAGAGUGGACGGGAGGAAGCUGAACGUCGUGCUGGCAGUGAGCAGAGAGGAUGCUUCUAAACUGAAGAACAAGAAAGAGAAAACUCACAAAGGCACCAGGAACCUCUACCUCGCCAGAGAGGGCUUGAUCCGUGCUGGAACCAAAUCAGCGGAAGGAGUCUCUGCAUCCGAUAUGGACAAGAGGGCGAGGUUUGCAGAGAUGAAGAAGGCAAAGCUGAAGGACGUGAACGUGUUUGUGUCUCAAACUCGUCUGUGUGUUCACAACAUUCCCAAAAAUGUGGACCGCAAGAAGCUCUUCAAACUCUGCCUGUCUGCAGCAGGGGGAGGAAGGGGUGUCCGUAUCAAGGAGUGUCACGUGAUGUACGAUAGGAAGCCGGUGCGAGGCGAACCCUUGGGUCACUCGCUAGGUUACGGCUUUGUGGAGUUUCAGGAGCAUGAACACGCCCUCCAAGCCCUGCGUCACCUUAACAACAACCCCAACAUCUUCACAGCCAACAAGAGGCCCAUUGUGGAGUUUUCUCUGGAGGAUGGGAGGAAGUUAAAAUUGAAGGCUAUGAGAGCGGAGAAGAGCAGAAUGGCAUCCGCCUCUGACCCCAGGGCCGAAAAGAAAAAAGAGAACAGCGCCGGACCUCAGAAAGACAGAAGUAAGCAGCCUUGGCAGAAAUCUCCUAAAAAGGCAUCUGCCGCAGUUCAGCAGUCAGCAGGAACUCAGAAGAACCAAGCAGCUCCGAGCGGCCAUUACUCCGGCUUCAGAACCACUCCGGAAGUCGAGCAUGUCGAAGUGGGCGACGGCAAAAAACGCCAGAAGAUUCUUCCCAUGCCUUCACACUUCGGCCCAAAGAUCAGGAAAAGGGAUAAAGGUAAACAGACUGCCCAGGUUAGGAAAAUGAAGACGGUCCCUAGCAGGAAGGAGAGAAAGGGACUCAACUCAAUGGAGAAACCAAAUCAAAAUAAAAAACAGAAUUCUAAACCAGUGAAAAGAAAGUUCCAGAACAGAGAGGACGAUCGUUUUGACCGUCUGGUCGAACAGUACAAGAAGAAACUCACAGGCACAUCGAAUUCUAAGGACUCGCUCGUCAAGAAGAGCAAGUGGUUCAGUUAAAAGUGGGUGUAAAUAGCGCUGUGUGUGUGUGCGAGCGAGAACACCAGAGAACAACUGGAUGUAACUCGGUGUCUCCGGUGUGAUAAGUUUUAUAUUAAAGAUUAAAAAAAAAGUGUACUAUAAUAAAACAACGUUUCAUGUUCUGACAUUUUCCACUUUUAUGUUGCUCUAUUUUUAGGUGUAGAAGAAUACACCAGUCUGUGGAAAAUAAAUAUUUGUGUACACAUGA